CCUGGGGGAAAAAGUCCCGGACCCUCCGAGAGGGCGGAUUCCAAGAUGGCGGCGCGGCCGGGUUGCCGCGAGUGGCCUUGACGGAGCCGGUGUGAAGCGACCGCCUCGGAGGCCCUGAGAAGCGGCAGCGGUCCCCUCCCCACGCCCGAAGCGAGACGACAAGGCGCCGGUGGUGGGGCCGGCGAGCGGGCCGCGGUUACGGGCACAUCAAAAAUGGCCCCAGCCUGCGAACGGCUGCAGUUUCGAUUUCCUGGCUAUGGCGAUGGGGUGCUGCACCGUAUGGACCAGCUGCGGCAGCAGAGGCGCUUCUGUGACGUGACAGUGCAGGUGAACGAUCUGCGGGUUCCCGGGCACCGUGUGGUCUUUGCCGCUUGCUCCCCUUUCUUGCGUGACCAGUUCCUGCUCAAUGACUCACAGGAGGUGUCCGUCUCACUCUUCCAGAGUCCGGAGAUUGGGCGCCAGCUUCUUCUCUCUUGCUACACAGGAUGCCUCGAGGUGCCCAUCAAGGAACUGGUCAACUACCUGACAGCUGCUUCCUUCUUGCAGAUGGGCCACGUGGUGGAGCGCUGUGCGCAGGCAGUCUCCCACUACCUAGUCCCCAAGGCAGACACCCUGCUGCGUGAGGAGCAGGCGGAGGGGAGCUAUUCCCAGCAGGAUGGGGAAGAAGAAGGGGAGGAGAAGCAACCUCCUUCACCCACGGGGGAGACAGAUUCCGAGGAUGUCAAAGUGGAGGUGCCUGAGUUCACCCCACGCGACUCCCACGGCCCCUCUUCUCCUGCAAUCUCCCUCUCCCUCAUCAACUCCGCUGUGGAGAUCACGCGCAGCUACCUGCAGGGUUGCUAUGACGACGAAGCAAGCAGCGAAGGACUCACUUUCCCUCCAGCAGCUCCUGCCCCUGUCCCUCAGUGGAGGAACUACCCGCUGCAUCGUCACCGGCACGGCACGGCCAUGGCGUACAGGGACUGGCGGGCGGGUGGCGGGGUGGCAUCGUGGAAGGUGCCGGGGCUGGAGCGUCCGUACCGUUGCCCCCGCUGCAACAGUGUGUUCCAGCAGCUGGGGAACUUUGUGAGCCACGUGCAGGAGCACAAGCUCUUCCUGUGCCUCCGCUGCGGCAAAGUCUUCUCGCAGAAGAGCAACCUGACGCGCCACAUCCGCGUCCACACCGGCUUCAAACCCUUCCAGUGCCCCGUCUGCCGCAAGUGCUUCACCCAGAACGCCACCCUGCAGGACCACCUCAACCUCCACAGCGGCAUCAAGCCCCACAAGUGCAACUACUGCGAAAUGCACUUCACCCACAAGCCGGGCCUGCGGCGCCACCUCAAGGAGAUGCACGGCAAGAGCACCGUCCAGAACAGCCACGAAGAGAUUGAAGAGGUCACCAUUGACUUUGAUUGAUGCGAGAGGAGGGCGGGAGGGGAGGCUGCAAACCGAGCGGUAGAUAGUCUUCUGUGAGGCCGGGCAGAGUCUUUAGUCAGUCCAAAAUUCCUUUCAGUGAAAUAUGGGCUACGUGAACUGGGUAAGGGGCACCCUGCAGACAGAAGCAGUCAGCGCAGGGGUGCCGCAGGCCACACUCAUUGCUUUUCAAGUAGUAAGGGAAGUGCUGUGGCUAUAGAGUGUUUACUGUAGAAGAGCACAGAGGACAAGGACUGAACCGUCAUCUGGAUAGGAGACAAAAUCGCCCCACUGCAAUGAGAGGCUAUUGAGUGAGGACGCUGCCUGAGUAUGUCUAGGCCCGUUUUAUAAAUGGGUUCACGUGAGGGGAAGCCACUGCCUCAGACAGUGGAUUUUGGGUGCCCUUAACGGCAGCAGUGGGGAGACGAGAGAGCUGGCUCAUGGGGCACAAUCCACUGGGCAAGCCCCAGUGAAAUGAAGGGGAGCCCUGCAAGAAUGUGAUGGUGCUUUGGUAUAGCUCCCUUUCAGUGUGUGUGUGUGUGUGUGUGUGUGUGUGUGUGUGUAUGUAUGCGUGUGUGUGUGUGUGCAUAAGACCAUCAUGGCGGAUUAGUGUGUAAUGGGAUUGCGAUUUAGAUUUCCUACCUCACACAUGUCAGUGUGUGCUCUGGCCCCGGUGUGGCCGCUGCAGAAUCAGCCAUCUGACUCAACACCAGAAGAACUUAAUCAAAUAGGGAUGACAGGAGAUGGAGGUUUACAAUUGAUUGAUGAAUUAAAAUUAACGUCAUUGGGUUCGGGUGGCAGACACCCAAUAAUUCUUGAAAUGAUUGCUAAUCUCAUAAUAAAAUAUACUACAUGACACUAAA